AUGUCGACAGAGUCGGAUGGUGCUCCAUCAGCUUCUUCUGGAAGCCAGAUGCUCACGCCACUGGACGCUGAGCGCCAUCAGCAGACGCAGCAUUCGACCGGCGCUCAGCGAGGCGGUUAUGCCCCUGUCAAUCUCGACUCUCCCGCCGCUGACGCCCAGUGGAGAGGGGCGCCCAUUGGCUCGGAUGGCAGUCCUACAGCUGGUGCAACCAACUUGACCGGUGUUCCAGGUGGGAAAAGACCUGAGGAGGGGCAUCAAGCCGUCAAUUUGGGGCCCGCCCAUGCGAGACAGGUCGCACCCCAUCAGCAGCAGAACGUCAUGCAAAGGCGAAGACACAGUGGGAGCGUCAAUAUUUGCGAUGGUGCACAGCAACCAAGACGAGAUUCGGCAUCGAGAGGUUCAGCGCAGCGGUCAGCAAGCGGUCAAAUCAAUGCAUCGCAACAGGUGAGUUGAGAGACUUUCAAGCUUUCGUUUUUUGCCUUUUUGCUCAUUGCUCAUAUGGUCGUGCGCUACGCAGCGCUCAAUGCCUCGCGGUGGCCCUGCGCCCAUGCCACCACAGAAAAGGUGGGACAAUCGUCAGCCCUCGGCGCAGCAAUCAUCUGCUCCUUAUCUGACAGUCAACGGUGCAGCCGUGCUCCAUGACGGGUUCCGAUCAGCCGAACUUGGAGCAGGCCACAACAGCUCUUCUCGUGAUGGCACGAGCAGCUCUGCCAACAACUCGGCCGGUCGAGGAUUGGAAGGCAAGCGUAUCAGCUCCAUGUCCCAGGCCGCUGCAAGCACCUCUUGGUCGCAUGGAACGUCGGUUACGAUGGACUGGAACAACGAACAUGAUCCUGGUAGAUGGCACGUCGAUGGCAAAGAGGCCGACGACUACCUGCACGACCCUGACCAGUCUUUAGGACGAAGGUGAGCACUGUCCACUCGCGCUGCGACUUGUGCGCCAAGACUUGUGUGCUGAGGAGUCUCGCUGCUCUGCCGCUCCACAGCUGCGUGCCAGCGCCUUUCAGAUCGGCGAGGACUUUUUGCAACUUUAUAACUCUGCUCUGUCUCAUCUUUGGCAUCAUGAGCCUCUUUCUGGGCUACCCUCUCCUAGACUACUUCUACGGAUUUCACCCUGGUAAGCACGGAGGAUUCAAUCUAGGAGGCACGAAUGCGAGUGGUCAGAUUCCCAGCUACAAGAGUCUGGUCAGUUGCAGCGCUCAGAGCGAAGGGGAGAAUGCGAGCACGCGACAUUCACGCUUAGUGUGGUGUAUUCUUCUUGGUCUAGGGCAUCCGCGAAGGGCUCAUUGACCCAGACACAGAUAUGAAGCGACACGGGCAGAUCCAAGGCUCGGAUGGCAACAUGCUCAAGCUCGUCUUUUCAGACGAAUUCAAUGUCGACGGCAGAAGUUUCUACCCUGGCGACGAUCCAUUUUGGGAAGCCUUGGAUCUGCAUCCUGUGAGUGCUUCGCAUUCGCACAAUGCAAGAUGCUUCGACUUCGGUGGCUGACCAUGAAGGAGAGGGUGCUGGCAGUGGGGAACAGGUGACUUUCAAUGGUACGAUCCCUCUGCCGUGACCACGCGGGACGGAGCUCUGCAAAUCACUGCAACCGAGUGAGCAUCAUUGCAAACAUGGGCCAGGCGAUUCAUCGUCUUUGCUCAGCACCGUCUGUCCCAUUUGCAGAAUUGAGAACCAUAACCUCAACUUUAGAAGCGGAGAAAUACAAAGCUGGAACAAGGUGAGCUUGGAUGUUGCGAAUUUUGUUGCCGUUGCGCCAACGCCGAUGUCUUAUGAACUGGAUUUUGUACAGUUGUGCUAUCAAGGCGGCCUUCUCGAAGUUGGGGUCCGACUUCCUGGGUCGCCUCAGGUGUCCGGUUGGUGGCCUGCGUGAGUGCUUCGGCAUGGAGCUAGAGCUAUAGCGAAAGGCUCAAAGGCUGGAUCCUUGCGCGCAUUGCCCCCUCAAGCGUUUGGACCAUGGGCAACUUGGGUAUGUGAAGCCAGCUGCGGUUCGUACCGACCCUGUCGUAAGCGCAAGCUGACGCAAAAUUGCAACACGGCCAUAGGAAGAGCGAAUUACGGUACGUCGCUGCAUUGGUCUUAUCCUGCAAGCCGUUCGCUGCAACCAGAAUCUUAUCUUCCUUGUUGUCCCUCGACCAGGCGCAACGACGGAAGGCCUCUGGCCCUACGCGUAUAAUGAGUGCGACAGAGGGGCUCUGAUCAAUCAGACAGAUGCAGAUGGUCUGGGCCCAACAGCCGCUUUGGAAUCAGGCGCGGAAACGGACUUUAACAAAAUCUACAAGACCAAGAGCCUGAGCUAUCUACCAGGCAUGCGUCUUGGUCGCUGUACCUGCGAAGGGGAAGAUCAUCCUGGACCUGAGCACCCCGACGGAGGCUGGGUGGCUCGAUCGGCCCCUGAGAUCGAUCUGUACGAGGCUCAGGUCGGGUGGCACCCCAAACGAGGGGAAUUGAGUCUCAGUGGACAGUUCGCCCCCUUCAAUGCCGGUUAUUGGCUCGGCAAUGUGUCCAAUGUGGACUUUAUUCCCGGCGACUUUGUUUUGAGCUCAUACAGGGGGUGAGUUGAGCACAUGGCUGCUUGCGACGGGAAGGUGAUGCAGUCGAAAAAAGGACUGCGAGUAUGGCGGAGAUGCUGAAGGGUCGCAAAUCAGACCUGUGACUUGCUGCGCAGCAUGCAGUUGGCAUGAUCGUUCAGACACGCUCCUGCUUACUGCUAUUCAUCCUUCGUUCCAAACUUCAACUUCAGGAACAUCUUCCAGCAAGCAGCCUCUGGCAUCUCACCUGCCAAUCAGGACGCCUAUGAGCUUACGGGUGGGACCUACAGCCGUGUCAGCGUCGAGUACAAACCUGGUUACGAAUCCGAUGGAGCUUUCAUAGAAUGGAAGAUUGAUGGCCAUCUCGGAUGGAGGAUGAACGCUGCGGCAGUGGGUCCAGAUGAACGAGCUGGGAUCGCUGCUAGGAAUAUUGCUGAAGAGCCUCAGUACAUUGUGAGCUGGGCAAUAUGACGCGUAGUCUGCGCGACAGGGCCAAUCACUAACGCGCCGCCUCGACAGAUCAUGAACUUGGCUCUCUCGAAAGGUUUUGGUGUGAUUGAGUUCGACAAGAUCAAAUUUCCUGCAACUAUGAGCAUUGGUGAGUUGCUCGAGUCCACACAUCGUAGGGAGCCAGUGUCUGAGAAUAUCUCUGAUGCUCUACAAACUUUGUCUGCAGACUACGUGCGUCUGUACCAGGAUCCCAAGAACAUCAGGGUCGGCUGCGACCCUAAAGACCAUCCUACCAAGGAUUACAUCGAACGGCACAUGGAAGCUUAUACCAACGCGAAUUUGACGACGUGGGGAAACACGCGCAGUGUAGGUGGAUACGGAGCAAAUUGGCCGCGAAACAAGCUGUACGACGGAGGAAAGGGCUGCGAGGCUGAGCCGAGAAAUUACCCUGGAAACUUGCGGACUGGACCGGCUGCGCACAGUAGCGAUGGCGGCGACUUGCCACCGGCGAUCAACGGCCAGCAGGUUGCCGGACCUAUCACUAAUCCUGUCGGACCGACGCAUGCGGGAGCCGCUGGGCCUGACCCUGACGUCGACACAGGGACUACGCCCGUAGCAGCACCCGGUCCAGCGACGGUGACGGACGACGAGGACGAUGAGACCUAG